AUGAGCGACUUGAGGCCAAAUGCAGGAAACACACAGGCUGUCACCGUGAGGAUCAGGAAGCAGGAAACUGAGCAAAUACUGAAGAAACCAUUCAUCCAAACAGGCCUAUCCAGGAGCAGAAUAGAGGAAAGGUUAAACGUACCCCGUUGUAGCAAAUGCUGGACAUAUGACCACCUAAAGGACAACUGUACGAAACCUGAGAGAAAAAAAAUGUAUUUAAGAUGCCGAAAAGACGGCGAAAAAACGGCCACACCACAUCAACAUGCAAAAAAAAGUAUGCCCCUUAUGCCAAAACGAAGGGCUUAUCGCAGGGCUCUGGCUCAAGUGAGAAAAGAAACUCGUUACUCAAAUAAAGCAAAAGGGAAGUGA